GAAGUCGGUCUGUCAAUGUAAACAAAUAGAGACCGAGUCCUGUGAUCGCGAUUAGGACUGACGGCUUCUCAACUUCCUCCCUUCUGUCAAGCCGAGGCAUUUCCAGGGGGUGACUCGAGGUGCAGCUGCUACCACGACUCAAAGGGCAACAGGUCAACAGGGCGUAGGCGGGACAGAGAGCAGCGGAAACUGACAGUCUACGGCAGGUUAAAGUGACACACAUCAAGAAAGAUGAGUGGAGAUGAUGCUAUAAAGACACCCAUUGAGGAUGUGGAGGGUGGAUGGCUGCACCAGCUGGUCAUUUAUGCAGCAACAAAUCCUUGGGAGUUUUGUUGGUACCUGCUGCUUUGCUUGUCACCAAUGUUCUUCAUCUCUGCAAUGCUUUCCUGGAAACUAGCUAAAGCACUAGAAGCUCAAGAAAAGGACAAGAGCCGUAAAGAGAAGAGGAAAGCCAACAUGAACAAGGUGCGGGCCAAGAGUCACUGAGGCAAAGCUGGACUCAAGGCAAGGCUGUGUGCCCAUUGGGAUGGCGAGCAACACACAAAAGUUUUUUACACAGACCUGUUAGAAGAGUUAGUGGCAGUGGUAAAAAGAUUAGGUAGUGGCCAUGUUCAUAAAUUUAUUGAUAUUUUUUACUUUGAUUUUCAUGAAGUAUUAAUUUGCAGAUUUUUGUACUUUUGUUACUUUUACUGUUGGUUCUUGCUGUCCAUUGUCAUCUGUUUUACGUACACACAUAUUUGAUGUUAGUACUUUAAAAUAAGUUCAGGUAGUAAUGGUUCUUUUAUAUUUUUAUUAAUGAUUAUUAUUAACAGCACUGUAUUGAAAAAUGCCCUUAGGUUGUAUUCUUCUUAUACAUUAGUACCUUCCUGAGUGUUUUUUUUUGGGGGGUGGGGGAUAUUACUUGCUUGCAACAGUGAUCAGUUUUGAAAUGUUGACCAAUAUCCAGAAUUAAUGAAGACCAAAAAUGAUAUAAUCAUUCCUAAAUUUUUCAAUUUUGAAAUGAUGACAUUGGCUGUUCUGUACAGGAAAUGUAUAUGUAUAUAUAUAUAUAUUAACUAAACUGGACAUAUAUACAUAUUUUUAAAAUCUUUAAUAAGUACAUGAGAUAACAAUGCGGGUGAAGUCUUACAAGGUAGAAUCAUGCAGUAAUAACAAAAAUAAUCCAGUAACACUAGUCAUCACCCCACUAGCAAUAUGCAGGUCUGUAUUCUUAAAUGUUUGGCAUCUUACUUUGGCUAUUUUCAGCUGGGUGUAAUGGAAGUUAUUACAGUUUAAAGGAAUAUUUUCAUUAUUCUUGUGAUAGUUUAACAAGGACUCGACACCAUCAGUGGAAAAAAAAAAAAACCCACAAGAAGUUAACUUAUCUUCUCUGGAUCCUUUGAAAAUGUGUAGUCCCUGUGAGAACCCAAGACAUUUCAGAACACGGGCCACAGAAUAAUGAUGCAGUAUACUUGAUGCACUCAGCAACAAAAUUAUGUUUAGGAUAUUAUCACAAGGGGGAAAAGAAGGUAACUGGGAAGAUGUGAUCUUAUAAUUGGUUAGGUGCUCAAAUGAGUAGCGAGAUAUUUAGAUAGGUUACCAUUAAGAUGCGAGGAUCAGCUGAGCAUUAUACACUAGUGACUAUUUGUGAAGAGAAAACUGCACAACUGAAACUGAUGAUGGCAUGGAAUAAAAACAAAGGAUUCCCACAUUAUAUUUGAGUUAGUUGUGGGGAGACUUAGAAGGAACAGAAGAGCAUCAAGUGAGAAAGACUAUGAUGUGUCAUGGGGAAAUAACAAUAGCUAUGAUUUCAUGGUGGAUAUGUUAAAGCUGGGGUAUGUAAAAACUAUAUUAUUAUCAUAGUAAAUACAAUAUGAGACUUUUCUGUUUCAAAUUGCUGUUCAUGUAAAGGAUGGUGUGUACAUAUAAAAGUGAAAAUAUCCACAUAAUGUUGAAUGUGAAAGACUGAGACAUUAAUAUGGAAAGCAGGAAAAAUAUGCAACUGCUUUAAUUCUGUAAAAGUAUAAAAGAUAAAUCAUUCAAGAUGAUAGAUUGUUUAAAAUUUUUACAGCAAGAAAUGAAGUUCAAGUGGUUAUUAAAAAAAUUAACGUAUUCAUGCUGUAAACUGUGCAUGGCACCCAUUUUAUCGUGGGGGAAAGAUUUGUGAUGGUAUAUAUAUGUUUGUAGACUUCUGAAUUCAAUAUGUUUAAAUGUAUUUCAUUGUGGUAGGCAUGAAUUGACAGGAUUGAAUGUUUGAGUAUUGCAGAAAAAAUCUUUCUUAGACCUUUUAAUGUAGACUCUUAAUAGGUACCCUACUUAAUAGCUGCUUUUGGCAUAUCUUGCUGUCAGUUUCUUCUGCUGCUAGCUGAUUGAAAGUCUUACCAAUGUAUAGUGCCCUUCUUUCUUUGUUGCAUUGAAGACUGAUGCUCUACCAAAAAUGACAGACAAGUUUUCCAUUCCAUUUCAAGUGCUACUUUAUAUUUUUGUAAUGUGUCAUGUUGUACUAUCCUGCAUAACCACCAUGCACACUGUAAUCUGUGAAUAAGUUUAGUGUAUGUGUAUUAGUUUGUUCAUUAAGAAAGAUAUGGCAUACUUGCUUAUAUUUCCCCAAAGGUUUUUUCAUAUAUGUAGCUAAAAGAAAUAUAAUUGUCCUUGCUUCAUGAAGAAUAGUUCUUAGUCAACUGAAGGAUAUGAAGUCUAAGUAUGACAAAGUAACACAGGAAUGACUUUACAAGAAACACAGUCCGCAAGACACAAGAGUAUCUAUACACUUUAUAAUCUGAAUGAUUACUCCUGGUAAAUAAUAGGUGUACUGUAUAAGAAUUUAUGUAAAAAAGUAUCAAAGCAUUUACAUACAUUUCUUUCCAAACACAAUGAGUUCAUAAAAUCUCAAGCAAUUCAAUACAAAUAAGCAUUAAUAUUUCAUAACAAAAGACCACAGAAUUACCUGUAGAAUUUAAACUGUGUAAUGUUUUAUGCACAUCCUGACAUGUGAUCAGAAAAGAUACCUUGAUAAACAUCCUAUGAUCACUUUCUUAUUUGCAUAUUUAAGGUUUUGUGUCAUUGAAAUGCCUUUUCAAUAUGAUGCUUUUAAAAAUAUCACUUGAAAAUGUCUAAUAUAUGUAUCCAUACAGUAGGAGCUAGCAUGAAAUUGGAAAAAAUAUAAUAUUGUGUCAGCUAAAGAUUAGUGUUAUAAAAUAAAUAAGGUUAGAUGUUACCUGUAUUGAAGCUGGACUGUGAUAUAGUUAAUCCUUUUAGUGCCCUAUCAGGUAUAAAAUAUGCAACAACAGAAUCCAUACAGUAUUGAUUUCAGCACAAUGGAGUGUGUGACAGGUUUAGAUUAGGGGAGAAAUAUUAUUGUUUAUUGAGUAUGUGGAGCAUAAAGAGAAGACAACCACUGUGAAGAAUGUUUCACUUAAAAUGACAGUUUGCAAACAAUAAAUGCAAAGUUAGGUAGAGUCAUGGUCAAUAGUUGACAGGGAUGACCUAUUGAUGUAGAGAAGAGGACUCGUAUAUUUAAAACACAAGAAAAAGAAGAAAAGAAAGAAACAAAAAAGGAUGGUGCUUAAAUAACAAGAAGUAAAGUUUUACAGAACUACAGACAUGGCAUGGACUAAAAGAUGAAAUGAUAAAAGCAAAAUGUGUACCUCAAUUAGGGGCAAGACCAGAUAAGUAUAAAUAUGGAAACAGGACCAGACAAACCUAUUAAAUCACUCCUUGUAUGCUACAAUUAGUAAGUAUUGCACUCUUUUCCAUUGUGUUUAGUGUUUUCCAUCAAGCUUAAGCCAUCUGAAAUGUUGAGAAUUUAUUAUCACUUUUUUUUUUU